AUGAAAGUGAUCACCGCCAAUUUCGUGACAUGCGCCGUGAAGGAUUGCAAGACAUCGCCGGCCUCUUUCCCAUUACAUUUCCACGAUGCCGAGCUCGAGCAACAGGAACUAGAUUUUCACCCCGAAUUCAUCCGCAACGUCCUUCCCCGAAUUGACUGGGUAGCCCUGCGCACCAUUUCCAACGAGCUUGGAUUCCCUAGUCUUCCGGAUUCGAAACCCGAGGGCGAGGCUCUCGACAACGAGCAGACAUUGAAGGACUUGCACCGGUUGCUGCUUGAGACGCACGUCACAGAAGGGAAGUUGACCUGCGGGAACUGCGGUCAUUCAUAUAUGAUUAAGGAAGGAAUUGCGAACUUCCUUCUUCCAAGCCAUCUAGGUAAGAAAUAA